AUGCACCACCAUGCGAGCGCACAGGCGUCGCCAGGCGCAGCCUUCCGUGAGUAUGGCGAGAAGCCGCCAGAGAUCACUCGCAAGAUCACUGCUUGCGUUGCCUGCCGCAAGCAGAAGAUCAAAUGUAAUAUGGGUGACGGUCCGCCUUGCGUGCGAUGCAAGAAGCGCGGCUUAUCAUGCACUGUCAACAAAAGCCUGCAGAUGAUUCUCGAGUCGGAUGCAGACUGGAAGACUAAAACUGAGAGUCGAGUCAAAGCUCUGGAGAGUGCGCUGAACAAGGUCGCUGAUCGUUUAUCUAUGCCGGAAUUACUCGAGUACGAGAUGGAGGACGACGAGGAGGACGAUGCUAAGCCCCCGAGGAGCCACCCUUCGUCUCGCCUUUCUCCGCUUGCUGAGAAGCACACUCCACACAACUUCGAGAUUGUCAUGGAUGACAAUGCAGGACCAGCAGCCAUUCCAGGCUCGGUGAUGACGCCAGUGAUCGUGCCUGGCGUUGAGCCAAACCGGGAAGACCAAGACAUCAUCAAGCGUGGUGUCCUGACCGUGGAGCAGGCACAAGCUUACCUCGAUCUCUACCAGAACCGUCUCGACCACUUCCUAUAUCGAAUCCUGGGUGACCGCAGAAGUCUCGGACAGGUGCGCAAAACAUCGCCGCUUCUGCUUGCUGGAAUAUGUACGGUCAGUGCGCUUCAUCUCGCCGCUCGCGACUUCGAAAGGUUGUAUCAGGAAUUCGUUAGCAUUGCCGCAGCGCAGACUUUCUCCCGCCACAAUAACGUUGACGACGUUCGCGGUCUUUUAGUGGGCGCGUUCUGGCUUAGCGGUAUCUCAUGGACAUGCGUUGGCGCUGCCGUGCGCAUGGCUACUGAGAUCCAACUCCAGCGGAGCAUCUUCAAAACGCUGAGCGGAGACAGGUCUCACUACCUGCGCACCCGGCUGUACUAUCUCGUGUAUAUUUGCGACCACCACUUUUCGAUCGCGUACGGAAGACCGCCAAUGACUCGACAGGACGACACAAUCAGAGCGUCCUCCGCAUUCUUGGAUAGCGAGCAUGCUGUAGAGGACGAUGCACGGCUCGUGAGUCAGGUCAAGUUCUGGUCUGUAGGGACGGAGGUAUACGAGACAUUCGGUAUCGAUGUUGAAAGACCGUUGACAGCCGACAUGAUCGAUCCUAUCCGCCGAUUCGGUAUCAAGCUGGACGAGAUCCGGGCGUACUGGUCAGAGCGCCUGACGCGCAAUGACUACGUGGGAAACUAUCCCAGGAAAGGUGUUCAUCUCCACUACCACUUCGCCAAGCUAUACUUGUACUCAAUGGCGUUCAGAGGCAUCGGAAAGCCUGGCUUCAAAGCGCCGGACGUAGCUUUGGACAUUGAUGAAUUAGCAAAUAACGCCAUUCUGUCUGCUACGACCAUUCUGCGAACCGUGAUCCAGGAUCCCGAGAUACAAGGCCAUCUGAAUGGUCUGCCGACUUAUUUCGACCUCAUGAUCGCGUUCGCCACAGUGUUCGUCCUAAAGGUGUCCACCAAAUACGCAACCUCGGUUCGUGUGGAUACCACGGAGAUUCGGUCCUUGGUUGGCGAGGUGGUACGUGUACUGAAGCACGUUACAUCAACCAUGCAUCCUCGCCACCUGCUGGUCAGUGUCGCACGGGGUGCCGGCAAUCUGCUGGAGCGUUGUCGUCCGCAAGACUACCGUGGCCCGUACCCGUCUAAUGCACACGUCACUCUAAGCCAUCCGACUUUCGAUGACAGCUUGUACGAUGUAUCGCGCAACGGGCAAGGACCGAUGUUUGAUAACUUUUUCAUGGGUGAAUUCGACUUCCUCUCAACGCAGGACAUGAUGAAUAAUUUCCAGCAAGAUCCUCAGUUUCCACAAUUACCGCCACAAAUGUGA